CGCCUCCCCCGGCCGGGGCGGCUGGCGAGCACUGAGUCGCUGGGCACGCGGGGCUGCCGCGGCGCGCCUCUCGUGGGCUCAACCCGCGGAGAGUCUUAGCAAGCAGCCACGAGGGCUAGAUCCCAGGGAUGAGAAUGUCCAGGGGAGAUGUGAGCCCGGCGGGGCUCCCGCCCACCUGUCGCUGAAGCGCGCCCCCCGCCCCAGGCCCAGCAUGCGCCUGUCGGUGCGGAGGGCACUGCUGGCAGCCGGCUUCGCCCUGACCCUGGUGCUGGCGGUCCAGCUGGGGCAGCAGGUGCUGGAGUGCCGGGCGGCGCUGGGCCCCCGGCGGGCCAUGCGGCCGGAGCAGGAGGACCUGGUGAUGGUGGGCACGGACCACGUGGAGUACCGCUACGGCAAGGCCAUGCCGCUCAUCUUCGUGGGGGGCGUGCCCCGGAGCGGCACCACGCUCAUGCGUGCGAUGCUGGACGCCCACCCCGAGGUGCGCUGCGGGGAGGAGACCCGCAUCAUCCCCCGCGUGCUGGCCAUGCGCCAGGCCUGGUCCAAGUCGGGCCGGGAGAAGCUGCGGCUGGACGAGGCGGGUGUGACAGACGAGGUGCUAGACGCCGCCAUGCAGGCCUUCAUCCUGGAGGUGAUCGCCAAGCACGGAGAGCCGGCCCGCAUCCUCUGCAACAAAGACCCCUUCACGCUCAAGUCCUCUGUCUACCUGUCGCGCCUGUUCCCCAACUCCAAGUUCCUGCUGAUGGUGCGGGACGGCCGGGCCUCCGUACACUCCAUGAUCACCCGCAAGGUCACCAUUGCCGGCUUCGACCUCAGCAGCUACCGUGACUGCCUUGCCAAGUGGAACAAGGCCAUUGAGGUGAUGUACGCCCAGUGCAUGGAGGUGGGCAAGGACAAGUGCCUGCCCGUGUACUACGAGCAGCUGGUGCUGCACCCCCGGCGCUCCCUCAAGCUCAUCCUCGACUUCCUCGGCAUCGCCUGGAGCGACGCCGUCCUGCACCAUGAGGACCUCAUCGGCAAGCCCGGCGGCGUCUCCCUGUCCAAGAUCGAGCGAUCCACAGACCAGGUCAUCAAGCCCGUGAACCUGGAAGCUCUCUCCAAGUGGACUGGCCACAUACCUGGGGAUGUGUUGAGGGACAUGGCCCAGAUCGCCCCCAUGCUGGCUCGGCUCGGCUAUGACCCCUAUGCAAACCCGCCCAACUACGGCAACCCCGAUCCCAUCGUCAUCAACAACACACACCGGGUCUUGAAAGGGGACUAUAAAACACCAGCCAAUCUGAAAGGCUAUCUUCAGGUGAACCAGAAUAGCACCUCUUCCCACCUAGGAAGCUCAUGAUUUCCAGAUCUUUGCAAAUGGCUUUGUUGCCAGAAGAGAAGAAACUUUGCAUUUGAGUGGAAAUCGGACCUCUAAUCCAAGCAUAUUGCUUGCUAUUAAUCGCCAAAACAGGACUGCUCACGAGGAAUGUAUUUGCAUAUGUUUGCAAAAGCUGAAUCAUUGAAAACUUAACCUUGAAACACUCUAUCUUAGGAUAGUCUGGGGUAGAGAACCAAGAGUGUGGAGGUAGUCCGGCUUUUGAAACUUAGGUAUUUUAUAUUUUUCCCCUCGAGAAGUUUUUUUUAAGAAAUGGAUUUUCCAUUCUCCUUAAUUUGCAGGACUGCCUUGGUGGCUUUGUUUGCUGGGACAAGGCCCACCACCCGUGCCUCUCCUGUUGACCCUUACUUUUGAAUUCAAAGAAUCUAUUUAAGAAUUUAAUAUAUGAGGCUUUCUUUGAUGGCUCCUCGGGUCUACUCACAGAGAAAAAAAUAUAUAUAUUAUUUGAAUAAACUGAACAGGGACUCA